AUGGCUGAAGGACCACAAAACCGUCCUCUUAAGUAUUAUGUUGUUCCUUUGCAGGAGGAUUCAUACAACAUCAUUGUUGCCCCUGCCAUUGAACAAAACGAUUUCGAAUUAAAACCUUCAUUGUUAUCAUCCGUUCAACACAACAAAUUUUCAAGUAGUCCUACAGACGAUCCAAACUUACAUUUGUCAGUGUUUGUGCAGUACACAGACACAGUGAAAGCAAAUGGUGUCAGUCCCGGAGCAAUUAGACUACGUCUUUUCUCUUUUUCCUUAAGAGAUAAAGCUAGAGCUUGGCUCCAGUAUCCACCUUCGAACUCUGUAACCACAUGA